AUGGGGCAGCCGGAUGCGGUGUGGGGCUGGCCGGUCGUCGGCGAUGGGCGGGGGCAGGCGGAGGCGGCCCGGGGCUGGGGCGAGUCGCCGCCGGAGGGCGGGGGCGGGGCGCCGGCGGCGGGCUGGGACGACAAGCGGGGGCGGAGCAAGGCAGGGGUGCGGGCAGGCGGAGGCGGCGCCGGUCGCGGGGCAGGGGCGCGGGGCGUGGGCAGGCGAGGGCGGCACCGGCCACGGGGCAGGAGCACUGGGUGGGGGUGCGGGGCGGAGGCGGCGCCGGGCAGGUCGCCGGCUGCGGGCAAGGUAGAGAGUGCUGGUGGGGAGAAGGAGGAGGAGGGAGAAGUUCGUGAAUACAGCGAAGGCAAGGGGGCUGUGUGA